AUGUCUAGCGAUUUCGCUAUCUAUAUUCGAGACAAACUUUUUGACAGCAAAACAUCUGUCGACCAUAAAAUCUUACAUAGUGUAAACAAGAAAGGUGAAUUUGUUCUAAAGUUCUGUUUCUGGGAAUAUGACAAGAACCAUAAAACAUUACAAAGAGCAGUCUUAAAAUUUGUCAAUGACAGACUUGUUGACAGAGAUGACACCGAUUGGAAAGAUGAAGUCCAACAAAAGUUCUUAGAAUGCAAAGAAGACACAUGCGCUGUUCUUGA